CCACUGCGCCACGACGGGAACUCCUGUUUUCCCCAUUUUAAAUUCCUCUCCGUUUUCUUUAUACCCUCUCUGAAACUCAAACCAUCAGGGGGAGAAGGACAUGGUAGCCAGUGUUUAUGACCUUUGGGUGCCCUUCCCUCUUAUCCUGUCUGUGAUCUGAAGACUAUUUACAAAGCUGGACUAUGAGAGGAAAGCCUCCUGGUUACACAAUUAAGAGGCAGUUCCUUCAGAGCUCAGAAUUGUCUUAAACAUGAACAUAGCAAGUUCUGACACCCCCAGGCAAAAUACUGCCUCAUAGUGAGUAUUUUUAUACACUGAAUAUGUAACCAUUUCCUUGAGUUAAAACACCAUAUGAUGGUCUUAUUAUUUGUAGUAAUUUUAAUAGCAAAGAAAGUUAUGGGCAGUAACCAUGUUUUCUGUUAGGCAAAGACAAAACCAUGAGGUUUUUAGGAUUUGUGGUUGCCUUGCACUGCAAAGAGAUCGGAGAGGGGUGAGAAAGCCAAGAGGGGGGAUCUUCAUAUUUCCUACAAUUUUGGACAUAAGAAAGAAGCAAUUCACAUCUAAUCAGCAAAGAUAAGCUUAUACUUAACUUACUUCUGCACCUCUAAGUCAUUUGUUUAGCCCUAUAAAUUUGCUGAUGAGUGGUUUUAAUAAAGCUUCUCAGCAGGUCUUCCUAUCAGAGUAUGAAAGUAAUCCAGGUAUUGAAGGCAUGAAAUGGAAUGACUCCCAUCUCUCAGUGGUUCAGGUGGAUGCUAAGGUCAAGGCCGAGGUUAGGUGGCCCAGGAGUGUGUCUAUCCUGUAUGUGAAAGAGCUCAGCUAAAAUCCAGAAGUGCAUGGACUCCAGAAUUAGCUUCCUAUUAAGGACAUGCUUACUGGAAACUGAACCAGGAUAAAGCAAAGACCAAGGGACAGAAAGAAAGCUUGAAUUAUGUGUCUGCAAUAUUCUGCAAAAUCAGGCUUCAGCUUUGGUUCAGUUUCUCUUUGGAGCUGAAAAUGCCUCAAGUUUCUUCCUGAGAGGCAUGAGCAAUUGCAUGAAUAGUAUAUUCUCUGGCAAUUUCCAACCUGAUUCCAUUCAAGGUAUACAUGACAAGCCUGUAUGAUAAGGUUGUGUGUGUUUGGGUAUUUCAUGCAUGUAACAUUGUCACUUGGCUUUCAAAACCAAAAAUUCCCUGCAUAUCCACGGGAGAGGAUCAUUCAGCAUGUGGCAGGUCAAAUAAAAUGCUCCCCCUUAUUCUCCAUCCCUGCCUCAUUCUUUCUUCCACACUUUAGUUCACUAAGUUGUAAGUGUCUGAAAUCAUUCUUGGUGAAUAAUGCUGGACCACUCUUGAAAAUGUGUGGCUGAGAGCUGGACCCUCGUCAUCACCACAAGCUUUGUCACUGAGACAGGGUAACCCAUGGUUACUGAGCUCAGAUCAGUUAAGGGGCAGAGAGCCUCCCCUCCUCACCGCUCUAUAAAAGAGACCCAGCAAAGGGACCCUACCAGCUUCUAGCUCUCAGCCUGGGCGAGCGUGUGGGAAGCAAAGCCUGAGACCUCCGGAGCAGAAAGGACCAGCUGCAGAGGCAAGGCCGGCAUGGCCCCCACUUUCAAACUUCAGUGUCACUUCAUUCUCAUCUGCCUGAUGGCUCUAAGAGGGGAGAGCCGGUAUCUGGAGGUGAGCGAUCCCCGGGACUGACCCAUCACACCUCUCUUUCGUGAGUGUCCAGCCUUGGGGGGUGCGUAGGCUGCCUCACUAUGGUGAGGUGAGUUCGCUCUUCUCUAUUUACACUGCCCCCUCUUUCCCCUGAUUCCCCCUAGGUGUUCCCCCCUGCCUCUUCCUCCUUCCCUCUGGCCCCUGGGGAUACCCUGGUCUGAUGGAAAUCUGUCUUCUCUGGACCCCGCCACUUCAUUUCCUUUGCCGCGGGGCAGGGACGGCGCCUGCUUCUGGUCCCCUUUCCCCCUCCUUGAACUUUUCCAAACUGACCCCUUUUCCUGGCCAGCUUCGGGAAGCGGUGGACCACGACCCUUUCCUGCUCUUCAGCGCCAAUCUGAAGCGGGAGCUGGCGGGGGAGCAGCUGUACCGCCGCGCUCUGCGGUGCCUGGACAUGCUGAGCCUCCAGGGCCAGUUCACCUUUACCGCCGACCGGCCGCAGCUGCACUGUGCAGCCUUCUUCAUAGCAGAGCCCGAGGAGUUCAUCACCAUCCAUUACGACCGAGUCUCCAUCGACUGUCAGAGCGGGGACUUCCUGAAGGUAUUUGAUGGUUGGAUUCUCAAGGGAGAGAAGUUCCCCAGCUCCCAGGAUCAUCCUCUCCCCACGAGUGAGCGGUACAUAGAUUUCUGUGAGAGUGGUCUCAGCAGAAGGAGCAUCAGAUCCUCCCAGAAUGUGGCCAUGAUCUUCUUCCGGGUCCAUGAACCAGGAAAUGGAUUCACAUUAACCAUACAGACAGAUCCGAACCUUUUCCCCUGCAAUGUCAUCUCCCAGACCCCAAAUGGAAGGUUUACUCUGGUCGUUCCCCAUCAGCAUCGCAACUGCAGCUUCUCCAUAAUUUACCCUGUGGUCAUCAAAAUAUCUGAUCUCACCCUGGGGCACUUGAAUGGCCUGCAGCUAAAGAAGUCGUCAGCAAGUUGUGGAGGAAUAGGAGACUUCGUGGAGCUGCUGGGAGGAACUGGAUUGGACCCUUCCAAGAUGAUGCCCUUAGCUGACCUCUGCUAUCCCUUUCACGGCCCAGCCCAAAUGAAAAUUGGCUGUGACAACACGGUGGUGCGAAUGGUCUCCAGUGGAAAACAUAUCAAUCGUGUGACUUUUGAGUACCGCCAGCUGGAACCAUACGAACUGGAAAACCCAAAUGGAAACAGUAUCCAGGAAUUCUGUUUGUCUAGUCUUUGAAUAAUCAGGUCAAUGAUUUCUGUGCUGCCAGCUAAGGGAGUUUUUAUUGGCUCUUAUAUAUGCUUGUGAUGACCAGCUAGUUAAGAGCCUCUCGUACCAGUCAGUAUGUCCAACCUGGAGCACACAGCACACACACACUACAUACACACACACACACACUAAUUUUUGUACCUUGCUUCUUUUUCAUUUGUAAUAUAUAAAUGACCACACGACACCCUUUGGUAGAAAAAUAGUUUUCUGUAAUUUGUAUGCUACAAACCUGAACUGGUAAGACGAGUACAAAGAAAUGGGCAGUAAAAAAUUGUAUCUCAAUGAAAAAUACUACAGAGAAACAAAGAUGGUUCUUAUCAGUUUUAUAACAGAAAACGCAUGUGUAUAUACCAAGAGUGUAGACCAAAGUAGUUGCCUCUGUUUAUGUUCUGCUUGUUCUUCAUUUACCAUAGAGAGAGUAGCUGUAGCUGGGUAUUAUGUAUUGGUUUGUAAUAACUUGUUUUUAAGAAAACUUUGUGGCAUGGAAAACAUGUUGCAUCGGUAAAUACAAACAUGAAUAAACCUAUUGAGAAUGUUGGCACCUCCACUUAGUGCGCGCGUUGCUUUCCUGAGUAGUCCUCUCCCUAACGACCUUCAGAAAAUAAUGUUCUCAGGUGGUACAGC